GAGACCAUCAGCAGACCGACCUGAACCGGCGAGUCGGACCAAGCACCAGCACCUAGGGAAGCGACUCCGGCGAGAUGAUGUCGCCGAAGCCCUCCGCCUCCGCCUCGGCGGACGGCGGCGGGGGCGCCUCCAGCUCUCGCUCGACCCCGACGGCGAGGUCAACGCCAUUGCAAGUAAUUCAUAUCUUGGGAAACUUCAUGAGAAUUUGGUCUGUUUACUCCUUAUAUAGCUACCUAUCCAACAGUGGGGAUUCAAUAGUUGGCUUUAUCUUCAGUUGUCUUGUACCCACUUCAGUCAUAUUCUUGGUCUUACAGAAGCCUUGGAAGGGCCGGCCUUUGCCCAACUCACAGGUUGUUCCUACAGUUGUCAAUGGAGGAAUCCUGGCAUUAUACUUUGUAUUAUGGGGUAAAGGACUUCUUGCUUGUGGCCCAUUAGUUGCUCUGCUGGCGGAGUAUGCAGGUGCUGUUCUUGGAGUCCUCUCUGCUGCAUUAUAUGGAAGGAAAGUUAAUAUCUGGAAAAAGAUUGGUGGGCUUGCUGCUAUGUUGGUAGCAUACUAUCUCUUAUCAAAUGGGUGGUCUACAAGAACACAUUCACCACUAUAUAGCUUUGGAAGUGAACCACUGGAGAAGGCAACACAAACUAUUGGAAUGAAAGAAAUGGUGGUGCCAAUUACUGCUGGCAUUUUAUCUGCUUUAAGGAGAGUAUUAGCUCGGCGUGUUUCUCUCAAGAAUCAACUUAAAAGGAGACUUCAUGCUAUAACUAUUGCUUCUGCAACUUGUUUUCUUUUUCCAUUUGCGAUGUGGGAUACAAUCCUAGGCUCAGCAUCUGACAGCAUAGUUAAACUACAACUACCAAGUUGGGCAUACUUGAGUACUGUUGUGUUUGGGAUGGUGCUCAUAUUCUAUGUUGACAAUGUUGCUGAGGAAAAGUUGCAUCUGGUCUUCUCAUCUCCAAGGCACUUAAUGGUUUCAACAGGCUGCAUUAUUGUUUUGGAGAUAUUGUACAAAAUGGAUUUCUCCCUUUUCGGGUUUCUGGUCUGCUCUGUCAUUUUGGGAUUUGGUAUUUUUGAAGCAACCUCAUUGGAGCGCUCAAAGAAAAGUCCUUUAGAGGCACAUGAACUGUCGAAUGGGGUGUUCCACAAUCAGUUGCCAAUUUCAGAGCUUCCAAGUUGAAGGAUAUAUGACCUUGUUACAACAUGGUGAAAGACUGCGGUUGCACACCUCAGAUUCAUGGUUUCAAUUCUUUGUCCGGAGGUUUGAACCAGAGAAAGCAUGGAUGACUUUGACCUGCUAAUGUCCCUGUCCUCGUGACGUUCCAUUCAUGUUGCCCAACUGCAUCCUGUAACCCCCUUGUAGAUGCGUAUCCAUAUUCCUCUUGCAGGUAUUGCAAUUUUCACAGUACCCUGUCUCCCUGGGUGAGUGUUUGUAGUGCGAAAUUAUGUUUCUCUCUUGGAGAUGCAGAUUUUAGCUGUGACCGAGGUGUGCCUUUCUUUUUUGGAGACACUUUAACAUUUAGUCCAUCCAUGAAAUGAUUAACAUGCUGACUCGUUUUACCUGUAA